UAUUGUUUCGCUGACGAAACUGAUUUUCAUUAUGUUUUUUGAUUCGCAGAUACCGUUACGUAAUUCAGUGGUCAACGUGUACGUACGUAUGUGCUAAUUAAUGUAAAAACCGGCAGAGCACUAUUGGGGUUUCAUAGAGGUGACAUCUUGCGAUGUUCGCCUACUAAUUUUUCGUGCAGAAUGCCUCAUUUCACAAUGAGAUAAUUCGUAUUUCAACAGUAUAUCCUGCCAAGAAAUUGAAUAAAAUCAGACUACGGUCUUAUACGAUUCCAAGCGGGAUAUUCUGUGUGGCUGAGUCAUCUUUCUUACGAGCAAUCCAACAAUUCAAUUUCCUACUGCUAACCUGGGAUACGAUAGGAAAGAUGACGUCGACUGAUGAAAGUAACCUGAAGUUCAAGCGAAGGGGUGCCAAGUCCAGAUUCACGAGAUUCGGCAAGGCUACAGAGCAACUGAUAGAUGGCGGCCGAAGUAGGGCGGAGGCACAGAAAUCCUUCGAGAAGUAUGAGCAGGCAUACCAUGAAGUGGAAGAUGCUCAUGACAAGUUUACUAUGACCAUCAAAGACGAAGCAGAGUAUGAUAGAGAGGACGUCUGGGUGGAAGAUGUUCAGAAUGAUUUCUCGAAGUUACAGUGCAAGUUCAUUGACUACGUCAAGGUUGAUGAAAGUGCUUCGUAAAGUCCUACAGGGGAAGACACCACGGUCAGUGUUCUUCCUGGUCAUCAAGGAUUUGCUCAGGAAAGCAUGAGCCACUUCAAGAUCGAAAGACCAAGGCUCCCAAAGUUCAGUGGAGACAUCCGUGAGUACUGCAUCUUUAAGUCAGAUUUUGAACAUGUCAUAGGUAGCAGAUGUAGCUCCAGAGAUGCUAUGAUGAUUCUUCGUUCAUGCCUUCAGGGCAAACCACUGCAACUUAUCCAAGGUAUUGGACAGGACUACGCGGCUGCCUGGGAGCAACUAGAUACCAUUCAUGGGGAUUCUAGAUAUGUGGCGGACACCAUCAUCAGCGACAUAUCUAAGUUUAGGCCACUGAAAGAGGGUGAAGAUGCCAGGUUCUGCGACCUGGUCCAUCUGGUAAGGAGAAGCUUCAACACCCUGAACGAGAUCGGGAAGCAGAACGACAUGAACAACAGUCACAUGCUGGCCAUAAUAGAGAGAAAGAUGUGUCCAGAUGAUCGGAGGUUAUGGUUCCGAGACCAAGAUGGCAGUUCGGAGAC